AAUGUAGUAUCAUUACCCUUAAGCUAAUUAUUUUCCUUAACAAAACUAUGUAUCUCCAAUGUAAAUGGAUGUAAUAUUAUUAAAUACAUUUAGGCUGGUUUCAAUUCUGGCUUGGAUGCAUUAUCAAGAUGCCCAAGUGUCUUUAUAAAAUAACGUCCUGAUUAUUUAGAAACAUUAGGAUUGUGUGAAAAAAAAAAUGCUUAUUUUGUGUAUUAAUCUGACUCAAUGGGAAAUAAACCAGAUUUUAAACAAUAGGCUCCCAUUUUCAAAUGCAAGGAAGAGAGCAGUUGUUGGCAAAGGAAUUGUCUUCCUGGAGCAUGUAGAGGAUUUGAUUUAAAAGUUAAAUAAUAUAAUGAAAGAUAAGAUACUAAUACAGUAUUUAGAAUGAGUAGGGAAUAUAAAUGUACAUUUCUUUGUUUUGGGAGGUAAAUGAAUAUAAUAUUAUAAUUGAUUAGACCUGUGAUGGAAGUUUAAUUGGAGAAUGGUGGAAAGAUAGGAUCCAUUUAUUAUCCAUUUAUGUGUUGUGAUAAAGGUGUUGAUAUUUUAGAUGAGAAUGAUCAAAUAGUUUAUUAAAUAAGAGGAAGUUGUUGUUAAUGGCCAUUUUUAGUAAAUCUACCUUGUGAAACAUGUUAAAGAGCUAGAUUUGAUAUUAUAGACUCUUAAGGAUAAGUAAGUAUAUGUGAAUAUGAUUUAGAAAAUUUCUGAACUUUGGAAAGAAUCUGCAGGAUUUUGUAAUGCAUUAUGUGAUGUUGAUGCUACUAAUUUUAGACUUUUAUUUCCACCUUAAUCAUCAAGUAGAUAAAAAGCAUUGUUAUUGUCUGCUGCUUUAUUUAUUGAUUUUAAUUAUUUUGAAGAGUCUCCUUAGGAUAAAUAAAAUAAUUAAUUUUGAUC